AUGGACGACGCGGUGCUGCUCGAGUCGGCGGCGUCCGGGUCGGCGAGCUUCGACGCGUUCGCGUGGGUGGAGGAGGCGCUGGCCGCGCGCUCGGGGGACGCGUCGGCGCUGGCCCCACUAGUUCCGCAGCUCGCACUGCGUUCGCAGUCGCUGGCCCAGUCGCUGCACGCGUCGCUGCAGCACGUGUCGCUCUCGGCGCCGACGCUGCAGACGCGGCUGCAGGGGCUGCAGCAGGCCGCCACGCCGCUCUCGAGGCGCCUGGACGCCGUGCAGGAGGCCUGCGCCUCUGGCUCCGUCUCCACGGCGUCCCCCGCCGCCGGCCAGGACCUGCGCCACCUCGUGACGCUGCACGAGGCCAAGCGCCGCCUGCAGAGCUGCUCGCAGGCGCUCGUGGAGGCCGCGAGAUGGGGGCGCAACGUGCGCGCGUGCUUCGCGGCGGUGGAGGACCCGACGCUGCUGUCGCAGUUGCUCAAGGGCGAGGGCAAGAGGGACAACGCCGCGGACAACUUGGCCGACCGAGUGCGGGAGAUGCAGACGAGUCUCGACGUGCUCAAGGACCUGCCGGGUGCCUGGGACCGCAAGCAGACGAUGGAGAGACUCUGCGCGCAGAUUGAGGCGGCGGUGCAGCCGCGACUGGCCACGCGGCUGAGAGAAGACGAUCUAGGCGACGUGGCUCCGCUGCGCUGGUGUCUGGACGUCUUGGGCAGUGUGGACAGAGCGCACCUCGUGCGCGAGGAGUUCUGUAGGGCCAGGCCGGCGCACGUGCACCGCGUGUGGUAUGCCUAUAGUGAAGAGAUUCAGACUGGAGCGAGCGAUGAGGACGACGCCGAAAGCGCCUUUGCGAGCUGGUUGGACAAUUUCUACGGAGACGUGUUGCGGAUGCUGCAGCGUGAGAAGCGGAAUGCCCAGGAGCUUUUCGGCUCUGGUGAGCUCAUUAGUGUGCUGCUCGUGCUGCUUCACAACACGUUGGAGCCCCUUACCAAGUCCUUCCGAGACCGUCUCGUGCGCAGUAGCCCGUCAGGCUCCGACUUCCAGCUCGGCCGACUGCUGCGCUGCUUCCAAGCCACACGAGGAUUCGCUGGCCAAGUGGUGCAGCUCUUCAGAUCACUGGAAACUGAGCUUGGUGUGAGUUUGGCUGAAUGUGACGACACAGCUGCAAGUGCUGAAAGCAUUCUUCGCGUUGUUUUCGAGCCCUAUCGCGUUUACUUCGCAGACUACACUCGGUUUACGAGCGAGGCGCUUACCGAUGCGCUGCUGCGACUCGACUUCUCUCAGCGUCUCGAGGAAGCUUCUGAAGCAGCAUGGGUACUUGUUGACGAGAGUCUGCAACAGUGCUACGAAUUUACAGGUGGCGCUGCCUUCCCUGAGGCUGUGGAAGCUAUUGGUGCCGCGGUUCAGCAGUUCACACUGGCGUUGAGCUCGACUAUACCUGCGAUCCGCAAGUAUUGCAAGGCAGAGCCUACUGCUACAGUUGAAGGCACCACUGGUGGAGCAUUGGUGGCAUCGCCGGAUUGGAGUCAAUUCCACGCGUCGCUAGCACUUUUAAAGGUCUGUGGAUCUUUGGAAAGUCAACUAUGUGCGCUCGAUGGCCGGGUUCGUGUUCGCAUGCGUGAGCAACUCGCCCAGUUUUUCGGCGAGACGUCAGGGUCUUCAUCGCCGCGGGGCCGUCGCAAGAAAAGUCAUGAUGCUGCAAGUGUCACGCUAGCAAACCUCGUAGAUCCAACAAAACUUGUAGCAGCGGUGUCCAAGUCGUGGCUUCAUGGUGAAGACCCACUUCGUCAGUCACAGUUUCACCAGUUUGAGAUGGAGCUACUGGAUCACUCUGCGGGCGCAUCUAACUUCGACGGGGCUGCCUCCCGGUACCCCACAGCAACGCUACUCGACGAGGCUCAGCGUGCGGUGCGUUCAUGGACGAAAGAGGUGCAGCUGCUCACGUACGAUACUGUGUUUCUUCCGAUCGCGCGAGUACUGGAGACACUACCCACGAACGAGAAUUGGCGCAAGAUGCCAGACGCUGCUUUAGGAGACCUCCCGACUUUCAGCAUGCUUCCCCAAGACUACAUCACGAUGGUGGCCGACCUGUUACUGUCACUCCUCCCACAGCUCGAGCCCUUCGCCGAGAGCAGCAGUCUCGAGAACGCCUUCGUGGCUUCACGCGGCGCACAGGAAGUUUGUGUGCAAGCGGAGUGGACUCGACUGGGUCAACUGCUGCACUUGGCACCACCCGAGCUUGCGACGUGCCAGCGGAUUUUCGGAGCAGAUGCCAAGUCUGUUGUGGCAGAACCAGCGCCAACGGCAACGGAGUUCGUGGACUUGUGGACGGCAGCGGUGGCCAGCGGAACUCUGGCUGCGUUUCUGCGCACUCUGUGCUCCAUCUCGGUGCUGUCGGAGAUGGGAGCGCAGCAGUUGGCUGCCGACCUGGGAUACUUCCACAACGUGCUGAGCGCCGUGGGUGGGGAGGGCAACUUCAUCGUGGACGAUCUGCGUCGCGCGCUCGAGAUGGACCUGCAGGCACAUAUCCAGCACGUGGAAGAGCUGCGAGCAGACCACGACAGCCCCGAGCAUCAAGCACUGACCAAGAUCAACGACUGCGUAGCUGCCAUGCGCCAGCGUGCCCUGGACCAGCCUCGUCGACUGUCUUCGGCUAGUGCGAACUCAGCA